CAGCGGUAUAAGACACACUGCUGCUGCUGCUUCAUUCAUCCCUCAGCGAAGGACAGCAGCUUUCUAUCCGGUUAUUUAACAGGAAACCUCUCUUCUCUUCCCCGUCUGCUGAGAAAGCCCGCAUCAUGUCUAAAGGUACGGUGGUUCUGGCCUACAGCGGCGGACUGGACACGUCCUGUAUCCUGGUGUGGCUCAAGGAGCAGGGCUACGACGUCAUCACAUACUUGGCCAACAUCGGACAAGAUGAAGAUUUUGAAGCAGCUCAGAAAAAGGCAGAAAGCCUCGGUGCCAAGAAGGUUUUCAUUGAAGACCUGCGCUCACAGUUUGUGGAGGACUUCAUCUGGCCUGCGGUUCAGGCCAACGCUGUCUAUGAGGACCGGUACCUGCUGGGCACGGCGGUAGCGCGGCCCUGCAUCGCCCGCCGUCAGGUGGAGAUCGCCCGCAGGGAGGGUGCUCAGUUUGUGUCGCAUGGCGCCACUGGAAAGGGAAAUGACCAGAUACGCUUUGAGCUCACGUGCUACGCGCUCUACCCUGAGGUCAAGAUCAUCGCACCGUGGAGGAUCCCUGAGUUUUACAACCGCUUCCGGGGGAGAACUGACUUGAUGGAAUAUGCACAGAAACAUGGCAUCCCAGUGCCCGUCACGCCUCGCGCACCUUGGAGCAUGGACGCCAAUCUCAUGCACAUCAGCUACGAGUCUGGCAUCCUGGAGAAUCCCAAGAGCCAUGCCCCUGCUGACCUGUACCUGAUGACCAAGAAUCCAGAAGAUUCUCCCAACGAACCGGACGUGCUGGAGAUAGAGUUCAAAAACGGAGUGCCUGUGAAGGUGAUCAAUGUGAAGGAAGGCAAAUCCAAAGACUCUGCACUGGAUAUCUUCUCAUACCUCAAUGAGAUUGGAGGAAAGCACGGAGUGGGUCGGAUUGACAUCGUAGAGAACCGUUUCAUCGGCAUGAAGUCCCGAG